AUGAGUGUAUCUAUAGCUACCCCCGAACGUGCUUCAAACUUUUCCAACGUCAUCACACUUGCCCCCCACGAUAAGGAGGAGACGGUGUUGCCAGUGAAGCCGACAACAGCCUGUCGCCGGAAGCUCUCUAUGGAGCUCGCUGCUUUAGAUAAGAAGCUAGUGGGACGCAGUCAUUCGGUGGUCUCGGACGUUUACAAGUUCUGCAGUCUCAAAAGAGCUCUGGGCUUCACUGACCUGCAUGUGGUUAUGUCGGACAUGGGCGAAUAUAAUAUAGUUCUUGCUAAGCAUUCGGAUGAUUAUCAAUGUGAUCAAGUGGUGUAUGCUGAGCUGAGAGAAGGCAACGUUACGAGGGUGCGGCUACUGAGUAUGAUAACGCCUUUUUGCCCAGCACAACACGAAGAGAGAAAGUUUGUUGGUAUGAAUGGUCCUGUGGAACCCUUAGGAGGAGUUGCGAUAGAUUUGUUCGACGUAAAGGAUCUCAUUGUGAACACCCUAACUAUGUCUGCUGAUGGCUUCAUCUACUAUGUUCGAAGAGAGUACCGUGGUGGUGUAUUUCGUUAUGAGUUGGAGUCAGGGGCUGUUACCUGGUGUAAGGUCUUGCCUACUGUAGCGGCUCAACCGUGGGAGUAUAAGAUUAACUGGGAUAGAGUAACGACCCUUCAAGCUGGGGAGGCAGGGCGUCUUUACUUGGCUGACGAUCGUAUGGUAUCCUUAUUGCGACGUCAACCCGUAGAAGAGGAAUAUGUUUUGCCGCUCAGAACUGCAUUCAACUGUUAUCCGAUGCUCCCUGUUGUGAACGGCCAAGCAGAGCCUGUCGUAGGCUUACAUAGAAUCAAGACCAACUCUGGGUACUCCAUAAUGCGUCACUGUUUUGGUGGGAAAGUAUACGUUGGUCACACGUUGGUGGCUCAGCUUGAUGGCUCCAGCCGUUUGUGUUGGCUCGGUGGCUGUCAUGAAAUACUACUGCAGUUUUCCUGUGCGAAUGGCGAGGUUACAGGAUACAGGUUGGUUGACAAUUGUACUCGGCUGUCUGAGCAAUUCACGAGCGUUAUGCCUAGUCGAUGGUGUAGAAGUGCGGAGGGUAUUGCUUGUGUUACACCUGGCGGCAAGGUUUGCAUCUUAGGUGUGAGUCCUGAAUGGAACUCACUGCUUUUCGAGAUGACUUUAGAGUAUAGAGGAGGAGAUAAACCUGAAUGUCCUGUGGAUUCAAGUGCUCAAGUGGAGACCCUUGCUAGACGUCUUCGACGGUAUAGGCUAGCUUCUUCUUCAUCAUCAACUGAAGGUACUGCGGGUGGCAGCAGCCCUCGUAAUGGGUUGCUGCUCAUGACAGAGGUCGAUCCUCCCUCUAUAGUGGGUCGAUAGAGGUUACAUAUGAACCAGGAUAUCCUGUAGUGAGUUAGUCGUCAUCCUUGCCGUUCGUGCGACCACAGAGUCGUUAUAGUUUUUCCUGUAGCCGUUAGUAGACAUUUUGACGCAAUGGGGGAGUCUGAGACAACCCGUAGUAGUAGAGUAGGUAGUCGAAUAGAGGAGCCAUGUCGAUGGUUUCCACACUACUUGGACAUGAGUCGUCUAUUCUAUCAUCAUCAUCAUAAUCAACUCCUCAACUUUUUAUUAUUCGAUACGAAUGGUCUGUUAUCGAUGCUGUUUGGUCGUUGCGGUGGAUGGUGACAACACCAUUGCUGUUGAACACUUGCUUUCUUUCCUUAUUGCUUGUCUCUAGUCCGAAUGUGGACGUCUGUCGGGGUUGUUGAUACUGUAACCCACAUACUGCUACUGCGAUGCUAGAAUGACCUCUCUCAUUAGUUCUCAUGGAAUAGUUGAUGACCG